AUGGCCACCAUUCACCCAUCCAGACUCGGUUUAGUUCCUCAGGACCCUCCGCAACGACGACGACGAUCUCCUUCGCCAUCCCCGCGUCGUCGAAGUAGGAGCCGCAGUCCAAGUCAUAGGGAUAAAGAACGGGAAAGGGAUAGGGACAGAAACCAGAGGAAGGGCAGAGAUGAGAGAGACAAGGGAAGGGAGAGAUAUCGGGAUCGUAGCAGAGGAUCUAGGGGACGCGACGAGCGCAAUGAUGGGAGGGGCAGAGAGAACGGCAGAGGGGAAAGCCCACGACGGAAUGCCCCAGAGGGCCGUCGAGGCAGCCCGUUAUACGAUGACUACCGACGCCCUGCGCCUCCUGUUGUUGAGGGACAAACACCCUGGAGGCAGCCCGAAAAUAUGUACCCGAAUCGAGGGGGCGGACGACCAUCUGGUGCUGGAAGUGAGGGUGCUGGGUUCAUCGAGUCUCGUCGUGCUCAACGGGAAGCUAUGACGGUGAACGUCUGGCCUCCGUCACCGAAAGCUCCUGCUCGCGAUUUGUCUCCGAAACGCAAAAAGUCAAGCAAGAAAUCAUCAAAACGUGCACGAUCCCCUUCCUCCAGUGACGAGACCUCUUCUGAAGAGGAAGAGAGGCGACGGAGAAAACGUAAAGAGAAGAAACGAUCGCGUCAUGAUAAGGAAAAGGACAAAGAGAGGGAAAGACGUCGUCGAUCUCCUUCCCCCCGCCGUCACCGCGACGACGACAACUCGGACGAGCACGACAGGCGCAAGAGACACCGCAGAACAAGGAGUCGUAGCAAAAGCGCACCGCACCCUGCGACGACUCGCAGCCCCACACCAAAGAAAGACCGCAGCCGUUCCCCAACAGCUGACGAUGACGACUCUGAUGCCUGGGUUGAGCGGUCGCCCAUGGCACCUCCCCCAGUCCCUACAAGUGCUCUUGGUGGAAAAGCCCCACCAACAAAAGCCACGCAAGCCAACACUGAUCAAUCAGACGACGAAGAUGACGAAGAAGAAGUCGGUCCAAAGCCACUCCAACAAUUCGGUACCGGCAAACGUUUCGACGAGCGUGCAUACGGCGGAGCCCUCCUCCGGGGCGAAGGCAGCGCCAUGGCCGCUUUCCUCCAAGAAGACUCGGAGGCGCGUAUCCCGCGUCGUGGUGAGAUUGGGCUAACGUCGGAUGAGAUUGCAAAGUACGAGGAUGUGGGAUAUGUGAUGAGCGGGAGCAGGCACAGGAGGAUGAAUGCUGUGCGGAUGAGGAAAGAGAAUCAGGUUAUUAGUGCGGAGGAGAAGAGGGGGAUAUUGAAGUUGCAGAAGGAGGAAAGGGAGAGGAGGGAGGCGAUUUUGAGGGAGGAGUUUGGGGAGCUUGUUAAUGAACGGUUGAAGGCUGGGGAUUCGAGGUUGAAGUGA